CCGUGUCCACACAGGAUCGCCAGGAUAAGCAACGGAAUGGAAUCUAGAUAGCUAGUUGGUUAGGUGGUGUACGGAGUACGGUAUGGUACACUUUUGGCAGGCAACAUUACUAUCUAGUUAUUCUUUUACCCCUGAUAGCCUAGAGGUGUGGGGAUCUCGCGCGCGGCACACGGCGGCCCAACCCUUCGGAAAGAGGGACUUUUGCCAUGCCUUUUUCCUUUUUUUGACAUCAAGCCGGCCAUUUCUCGCUCCACCAACCCCGAAUUUUUUCUUCUCACUUGCUGUCCGGGAGGAGCGGGUAUGGCGAGUAGCGUCUAGUAGCCCUCUCCCAAGCCCCAAAGGGCUGCAGUGGAAAGGAUUGUCGGCGUAUCCUUUUCAGAAAAAAAGGGAAAAAAAAACCCCCAAAAACACACCAACACAUACGGAGUACUACAUACAAACACAAGUCACCAAAAAAAAACGGCGCAGACUCAUCGCUCCAGACUCAGACUCGACCUGGACGAUCGCACCCAACUUCAGGGGGGGCUAAGCUUAGCCUCGCAUACCGUUAUGAGCACGUGUACUUCAUUUAACUAGGCAACGCACUGAGCACUAUAUGGGCCUUGAAGCACGUUCUGA